AUGCAGUCGUUCCUCGGAAGCUUGAACUAUUACAGCCGCUUCAUUGAGGACUUCGCAGUCUAUGCCGCGAUCUUGUACGAGCUGCGGGAAGCAGACUUCCAUGAAAUCGCCAAGAUGGACACAGAGGAGACGCAGGCCGAGGAUGGCGAAGAUUAUUGCCACGCCGUCCUGAAGCACUUCGACCCGGAACGUAUUCCUGUUAUCGUGCUCUACGCGAACAAGUGGGCCAUAUCAGCGGCACUGAUGCAGGAACACGAAGGUGUGUACCAUCCGGUGACCUUCACCAGUCGCACGUUGAAGGCAAACGAGCUCAACUAUGGAGUGGUGGACAAGGAAGUAUUGGCGCUUCUGCGAAUCUUGGACGUCUGUUACUCGCAGCUGGUUACCAGAUCGAUCAAGGUCUUGUCACGAUUCUCGACAUUGGCCUGGUUGCUCAAGUCGAACGGGUUCGACGGUCGACUGGGUAGGUCAGGGUGGACGUUGGAAGUCACCAAAUGUGUGAAGGGUGAAGACGAAAUCCUUGGAACAAUCGCAGCGAGCAUCACCCCCCGAGCCGAAGUCGACGAAGCCUUGGUCGCGAUAGCACCCAAGAAACAGCCGCGGAAAAUGAUCACCAUGCCUCCACCAACGAUCGAACCAGACGAGAACCUCUGGGUUGUGAGUUUCGACGGAUCUGCGCGGGUGAAGCGCAGCGGCGGUGCGUAUAGUGCAGUCGUGUGGAAACUCCCGGAGUGGACGGUGGUGGAAGCCAUGUCGGAGUAUAUGCCAGAUUUGACAGUGAACGAGGCGGAAUACCGUGGACUGAUUCUUGGUUUCGAUUUGCUCUCGACCUUGGACAGGGGGCGCGUCGUAAUCUGUGGAGACUCGAACUUGGUCAUUCGUCAGACGCAGAGUGAGAUGGACUGCAAAGCACGAGGCCUGCAACUACUCCGACAGAAGGCGCUAAACUGA